AUGUCCGCCUCAGCUGCCAGAGGAAGGGUGGAGCAGCUCGGUGCUCAUCUCACCGGCGGACCACUGCUCAAGGGUGAGGUGGCCAUCAUCACCGGAGCUGGGCGCGGUAUCGGCAAGACUACCGCUCUGACCUUUGCAGCGCACGGUGCUUCCAUCGUUGUGUUCGACAUCGACGCAUCCGUAGCAGACGGCGUGGUGGGCGAAAUACGGGCGAAUGGCGGAUCAGCGGAAGCGUUUGCGGGGAGGGACAUCACCUCGGCCGAAGUUCCGGACGAGUUGGUAGCUUUCGCAAUCUCCAAGUACGGCAAGAUCAACCACAUCAUCAACGGAGCAGGUUUCACCAUUCAAGCUCCGCUCAAAGAUCUCUCCGACUCGGCAUGGGAAUCCGUCAUGGCUGUUCACUCCACCGCUCCCUUUCGACUCACCCGCGCUGCCCUGCCCCACAUGCUGGACAAAAAGUAUGCGGGGGAGAAUAGGAGCAUCACCAACAUCUCCUCCAUGGCGGGCAUACAAGGUUUGGCGUACGGCGCCAACUACAGCGCGGGCAAAGCGGCUCUCAUAGGCUUGACGAAAUCCAGCGCGCGCGAAUUGGGCAGGUACGGCAUACGGGUGAAUGCGGUGGCGUACGGUUUCGUGCAGACGCGCUUGAUUGGCGAUUCGGACAAGGAUGGCGAGACGCACAAGUUGCCGGAUGGAAGCGUCAUUCCCGUAGGUGUGCCGACAGAAAGAGCUUUUGCCAAAGCGCUGCUGCACGGUAAUGUGCUCAAGAGACCAGGCACGACGCAAGAAGCUGCCGGCCCGCUGCUCUUCCUCGCCAGUCCACUCGCUUCCUACAUUACGGGCCAGAUUUUGCAGAUUUCUGGAGACAUUUAG